AUGUUACCUCGCGCAAUUCCAUUUUUCCACAACUUUAUUCGUGCUUGUAGGCCUGCUUUCACUGGUGUAGAUAAGGGCCCCAAUAUCAGUCAGCUGCUCACGAAGGCUCGUCAGGACUACAGAGUCGCCAAGGAGGUCGUGGGUUGUGAUCUUAUUCGCGACGGUUAUCAAUGUGUAGUCAUGAGGAAGUACGACACGGCCACGAAGAGGAUCGUGAGCAAAGGGAUCAACAAACCGCCAGAGCCUGCCGACUAUACCGAGCUUGCGCAUAUCGUCGCCGAGUCGAGGAAAACCGGUAUCCGAGAUGAGACCCAGCCUGAAUCCACUGCCUCUGCGUGGGCAGCCCUGGAGCAUUUUGGUAAGGUCAAAGUUGCCGAUGACCACUUGAAUGAGACCGGCCCGCAUCGCUACAGAGUUUGCGCUGUACACACGUUCUACUAUGAUACUGAACCUCGGCUUCCAAACUUCCAAACUCCAAAUUCAGCUCACGAUCGCUGA